UGCGGAGGCGGCGGUGGGGAGUGGGGCCCAGUUGAGCCCGAACAUGAUUGGGAACCCAUCGCUGUACGUGGGGGAUCUGGAUGCGACGGUGGACGAGACACAACUGUACGACCUGUUUAGCCAGGUGUCUCAGGUGGUCUCCAUCAGGGUUUGCAGGGAUCAGAACCGCAGGUCCUCUCUUGGCUACGCUUAUGUCAAUUACGCCAACGCUCAGGAAGCUGCUCAUGCUAUGGGGAUCUUGAAUUUUACUCCUAUCAAUGGGAAACCUAUCAGGAUUAUGUAUUCUCAUCGAGAUCCUAGUAUUCGGAAAAGCGGAUAUGCUAAUGUUUUUAUUAAGAACCUUGACACAUCAAUAGAUAACAAGGCAUUGAAUGAAACUUUUGCUGCCUUUGGGACUGUACUUUCUUGCAAGGUGGCCGUCGAUAGCAAUGGUCAGUCUAGAGGCUAUGGGUUUGUACAGUUUGAAAAUGAGGAAUCAGCACAAAAUGCAAUUACGCGAUUGAAUGGUAUGCUGAUAAAUGAUAAAAAGGUCUAUGUUGGACUUUUUGUUCGACGUCAAGAGAGGAAUCAACAAAAUGGCUCACCGAAGUUUACUAAUGUUUAUGUGAAAAAUUUGGCUGAAGCAACUACUGAUGAGGACCUUAAGAAACUUUUUGGCACCUAUGGUACAAUCACAAGUGCAGUAGUUAUGAGAGAUGCAAAUGGGAAGUCCAGAUGUUUUGGUUUUGUAAACUUCCAGAGCCCAGACGAUGCUGCUGUUGCAGUUGAGAAGUUGAAUGGGUCCUCUACCAGUGAUGACAAGGUUUUAUAUGUGGGGAGGGCUCAAAGGAAAGCAGAAAGGGAGGCCGAGUUGAAGGCCAAAUUUCAGCAGGAAAGAAUUAGCAGAUAUGAAAAAUUGCAAGGUGCUAAUUUAUAUCUAAAAAAUCUUGAUGACAACAUUAAUGAUGAUAAGCUGAAGGAGUUAUUCUCUGAGUUUGGAACAAUAACUUCAUGCAAGGUAAUGCUUGAUCCACAAGGUCACAGCAAGGGAUCUGGUUUUGUGGCCUUUUCUACUCCAGAGGAAGCUACUAAAGCUUUGAAUGAGAUGAGUGGAAAGAUGAUUGGACGGAAACCUCUUUUUGUUGCUGUGGCCCAGCGCAAAGAAGAUAGGAAGGCUCAGCUUCAGGCACGUUUUGCUCAAAUACGAACACCUGGUGGGAUGGCACCUUUGCCUUCAGGAUAUCAUCCUGGGGCACCCAGAUUUGCCUCACAACAGUUGUAUUUUGGUCAAGGUACUCCUGGCCUGAUGCCCCCUCAGCCUGCGGGUUACGGCUUCCAGCAGCAACUCUUGCCUGGCAUGCGCCCAGGUGUUGCUCCAAACUAUAUCAUGCCAUACCAUCUUCAGAGGCAAGGACAGUCAGGGCAUCGAAUGGGCGUGCGGCGAGGAGGAAACUUUCAACAGGUGCCACAGCAGCAGCAGUUACUGCAUCGUAACUCCAACCAAGGCUUUAGAUAUAUGGGAAAUUCUCGAAAUGGCGUUGAUGCAUCUGGGGUUCCUCAAGGUGUAGUAGGUCCAGUGAUGCCAUUGCCUUUUGAUGGUUCAGCGAUGCCAGCAGCUCCUGUUGAUAUCCAGAGACCUGGGCCAGUGCAUAUCUCAACACUUUCAUCAGCUUUAGCUUCUGCUAGCCCAGAGAAUCAGCGUGUGAUGCUGGGUGAACACCUAUAUCCCCAUGUGGAGAAUCUUGAACCCCACAAUGCAUCAAAGGUGACUGGGAUGUUGCUGGAGAUGGAUCAAUCAGAGGUAAUCCAUCUCCUUGAGUCUCCAGAUGCCCUGAAGCAGAAGGUGGGCGAGGCAAUGGAAGUGCUACGGAAAGCUGCUGCAACAGAAUCCGGUGUUAGUGAUCAGCUUGGCUCGUUGGCACUUGGCACUGAAUGAUUGAAGUGGAUUUGUGAGGGUAAAUACAUUUAAUUUAUUUGGGAGCCCAUUUUUUACAGGGCUUGAUGAGCUGACAUUGUUUCUGGGGUUUUCGCUAAAAUUACUGUUUUUUUUUAUUUUUUUGGG